AUGGAGAAAGUGUCGACAUGCACUGGAUUGAUCACGACACCAUGGGGUUCUGGGGUGCUCAGAUCUGGAGAUGAAGGAGUUCUGGACACGGCCAUCCCUGAACUGGAUAGUGACACUGGCUCCUUUGGCUCACUGCAGGCCUUGCCGUCUUUUCUCAGCCGAUUCGGCGUUGCAGAUGGACAUGGGGAAUUCCAGCUGCCGGUGACGAGAAAGGCAUUGAUGAAUUCGCUGCCAUGGAUUGGAAAACUCACGGGUUGCCUUGGGUCGGAGAUGUUUAUUGAGAAUACUGGUUACAAGAAGACCAUGUAUGCCGCGGCUGGCAUUCAGAUUGUGGCCCUAAUCAUCGAGCUAACAGCCCACCACUGGGCACAAUUUACUGUCGGUCGUAUCAUCGCCUACUUCGCUGUCGGGCUAGUCGAGAAUGCGGUACCCUCCUACAAUGCUGAGACAUCUCCAGCGGCAACGCGAGGGAUCUUGUCAGGCUCAAUUAUGAUGGUUUCGUCAUUAGGCAAUCUCUGGGGUGCUGGAAUGUCACAGGCCUACGCGUCUGAGACCACAGAAAAAGGCUGGAUGGUCCCCACUGCUAUGCAGUUCAUUCCCGCCAUUGGCCUGCUUGGCCUGGUUCCUUGGACCCCCGAGUCGCCUCGAUGGCUUAUUCUCAAAGGACGAAAACCAGAAGCCCAGAUCGCUCUCGACCGGAUUCGCCCUGGAGACGAUGUACAGACGGGAGCCACGAUGGCAGAAGCAGACGCUAUUGAAAAGCUGGUGGAAGAAUCUCAAGCUUCUGACCAAGGGUCAUGGCUUGAUCUUUUCCGGGGCAACUAUCUGCGACGGACCUGGAUUUCGGCCACCUUGUUCGUUCUUGAGCAGAUGAAUGGCAAUCAGUUUGUACAGUCAUAUGCCGCCACCUUCUACGUGCAGCAGGGCAUGGGAUCUAUGUCUUUUACAUAUACAAUGGCCGGCCAGGUGGUUGGAGUGGUUGGAUGCGCAAUCGGGCUGGUGCUUCUGGAUAUCAGCGGCCGAAGACCUCUCUUGAUUUAUGGGAGUGCGGUUUGCACUUUCUUGCUCUAUCUUGCAUCGGGGCUGGGUACUGUGCCCUCUAUGAAUCAGAAUGAGGUCAACACGACCCUCGCUUGCUUCAUCCUUCUGCCGGCCUUCACUCGGACUGCUGCCUCGAACAACGCUUUUCUGACAGGGGCGGAAAUUGGCGGAGUGAGAAUGAGAAAAAAGAUCAUGGCAUUUGGAACCGCAUGUGAUGUGGCCGCAGCCUUCCUCGUCACCUUCGUCACCCCUUAUAUUUUACCUAGCAUGGGAAGUGGAAUUGGCUGGAUAUUUGGCUCUGUGGCGGCCUUUUCUAUUAUCUGGGGGCUUUUAUUCUUUCCAGAGCUCAAGGGCCGAUCGCUUGAAGAAGUCGACGAGCUUUUUGAGGCGAAGCUGGCUGCUUGGCAGUUCAAGCAGUACCAAACCCACGGGACAGGACAGCUUAUUGCUACUCUGGAGAAACACGGCAUUGGCGAUGAAAAGCCAGGACAAGAAGGGGUGGAGCUGUCUGAUGUUGACGCUAAACACAGACACGUUGAGAUAGAAUAA